AUGGGGGCCCCGCGCACGGAGCCCCGCGGGCUGGGGACCCUCCUGGGGACCCUCCUGGCCUGCCUGGCCACCCUGCCGGCCACCAGCGCCUGUCCCCGGCCCUGCGCCUGCCCCGGCCCCGCCGAGCUCCACUGCACCUUCCGCUACCUGAGCGCCGUCCCGCCGCGCAUCCCGCCCGGCGCGCAGCGCAUCAACCUGGGCUACAACAGCCUGAGGAAGCUCAGCCCCACGGACUUUGCUGGCCUGGAGAAGCUGGAGCUACUGAUGCUGCACAGCAAUGAGAUCAGCACCAUCCCUGACAAGGUGUUCAGUGAUUUACAUUCACUGCAGGUCUUAAAAAUGAGUUACAACAAGGUCAGAGUGCUCCAACAGGAUGUGUUCUACGGCCUGAGCAGCUUGGCACGGCUGCACAUGGACCACAAUCAAAUUGAAUUUGUGAACCCCAAUGUUUUCUAUGGGCUCACUUCCCUGAGGCUGGUCCACCUGGAUGGAAAUUUGCUUCAGCAGCUGCAUCCAGACACUUUUGUCACCUUGCGCUACAGUCAGAUAUUCAGGAUCUCCUUCCUGAAGCACAUCUCUCUGUCUGACAAUCUGCUGACCUCGCUUCCACAAGAAAUGUUUUCCUACAUGCCAGAGCUCGAGAGCAUUUACCUGCAUGGAAACCCCUGGUCCUGUGACUGCAGCCUGCAGGGCUUUGCAGAGUGGGCACGGGACAGACCAGAUGUUAUAAAGUGCAGGAAAGAGAGAAGUUCUGGUGUGCAGCAAUGCCCAGUCUGUGCUAGCCCCAGAAAUCACAAUGGGAAAAGUUUAGCAGACCUUCCCUCUGCAUCUUUCACGUGCACUAAGCCAGUCAUCCAGGACUCCCUGAAAUCCAGGAACCUCACGAUGCCAGACGAUGGGGAUUUCAGUUUUGUGUCUCCCGAGGACUUGAUAGCCCCGAUAGGAUCUGUGGUUCUGAAUCUGACUGACCAAGCAGGAAAUCGAGGCGACUUGCUUUGCGAUGUCCAGAAACCGAAGGAAAUGUCUCCCAUCUCCUUUGACACAAACGGCCCCAGCACAGUGCUCAACACCUCCUUCUCAGCAUUGCUGGUGUGCGCUAUCGAUUUUGAACACAUCCAGCAGCUCUGGAGCAUCCUGGCGCUGUACAGCAGCUCUCCUUUGGUGCUGGAGCAAACCGCGCAGGUAACCGACGUGCCUGUUGUGAGCUACAGGUACGAGCAGGUCUCCAGCGAGAGGGACGAGCUGUUCACGCGGGUGGAGGCGGUGCUGCGGGCCGAGCCAGGCUGGCUGCUGCAGCGGCGGCUGGCCCUGCAGCUGGACCGGGCGGGCACCACGCUCAGCGCGCUGCGCCUCCGCCUGUCCGCCCGGCUGCGCCUGCCCGGCCAGCCCCAGCAGCGGGGCACGCACGGCUGGGCCCUCAUCGCCAGGGACGGCGGCACACGCACGGAGCUCAGCGUGCUGCCCGGGGGCUCGGUGGAGCUGCGCUGCCGGGCGGAGGGGCAGCCGGCCCCGGCCCUGCGCUGGGCGCUGCCCGACGGCAGCCGGCUGCAGGCUCCCCACAUCAGCGAGGACGGCAGGAUCGCCGUGCUCAGGAGCGGGGUGCUGGCGCUGAGGAUGGCCGACGUGUUCGACUCGGGGCUGUACCACUGCAUCGCCAGCAACCGGCACGACGCCGCCGUGCUCGCGUUCCGGGUCACGGUGCUGGAGCCGCGGGCGCGGCGCGGCGCGGUCAACGGGGCGCGGCUGGUGGCGGCUCUCGGCAGCACCCUGCACCUGCCCUGCUCCGCCACGGCCGCCCCCGAGCCUGCCCUCACCUGGGUGCUGCCCGAGCGCACCGUCCUGCGCCACUCUGCGGGGAACAAACGCCUCCUUGCCAACGGCACCUUGACAAUCCAGGGGCUGACGCAGCGGGACGCGGGCUACUUCCGAUGUGUGGCGGCCAACCGGCUCGGAGCUGACCUGCUGGUGUUCCAGGUGCUCCUGACACAGGAGGGGACCGCUCCGCAGGAACGGCAAGGGGCUCUGGGAGAGUGGGAAGAAGGCUCUGGCGAUGAUCUGCUGCUCUCUGCUGAGCUACAGGUACACCCCUCGGUCACUGCAGCCACCCCGGCAGCUCCUGGGGGACCUGCUGCAGCAGCAGCCAGCAGCCAGGGCACACGGAGCACACGGCAGAGGAACAGCCACAGGAAAACGCCUCAGUGGCCCCACGGAGGCAGAGCAGGCAGGAGGUUCAGGGGACACAGGAGGCAGUUUGUUUCCUCAGCCAGGAGAGUUGAUCCACAGCGCUGGGCAGCCUUGCUGGAGAAAACAAAGAGGAACCUGUCAGGGACGGACAAACGAGCAGAAGUUGCAACAGAACCGCCCAUUCGAGUGCACAAACUCUCAGAGGUGCCUGAGGAUGAGGAGGAGACAUCCGGUGAUCUCAUAUCUCCAGAAGAAGAAUUCAUGAUAGCAACAGAGAGAUCCCUGGUAUCUGCUCUGGGGACAGCAACAGAGCUCAUGGUCACUGCAGGGCCCGAGGAGACGGCGAGUGCCACCCCUGCCCGGAGCAGCUCCCUCCUGCUCACACAGCCACCCACCCCGCUGCCCUCACCUCCUCCACACCCCGUGGCACCUGCCAGCAAAAGGCCACAAGCACUUCCAAAACCUACAGACUCAUGGGAAAGACCUGAUUUGAGUCAAAUAUCAGCAAAUGGUGUAAAACAAUCAACUGUACCUAGUGGAACAUCCACACUCUUCCCUGCUGGGCAAAGUAACGAGCAGCAUCUAAAAUCUGCAUCCAUGACACCCAUGACAGAAGCUACAGGCACCAGCAAGGCUGUAGCUCCCCAAAUCCCAGCAGACAAAUUACAUAUUUUUACUGAGCCUAUUGAUAAUGUUUCCACCAAAAGAGAUCACCAGCUCCCUGUGGCGACAGUCAAUGAACCAAGCUCUGAAUUUGGCCCCAUUUAUUUUCAUAGUACUCAGAAAGGAGGAACCCCUAAUCCACCACUGGCCUUGACUUUGGCUGCUCAUCAGCAAAUUCGGGUUGUCCAGGACACUCCAACUCACCCAGCCCAGCUCCAGCAGCACCACGGGAGACGAAGGAAAAUUUCUGGUCGGAGACGAAUUGUUAGACCAGGACGUGUCCCAGGCAUGAAAGAGCACAGAUACAAUUUUGGGAGGCCAGGGUCUGCCAGAGGAGGCACAGCUGUGGCUACAGGUGUUCAACUGAACAUGAACUCUGUAUCAAAUGUGCCAGCCUUAAAUAACUUGAGCAGUUCCAUGGAUCCAUUUAGCCCAGAGGCACCCCAGUCUUCCCCCUCCACCAUGGACACGGCACUGGAGCACCCUGUGGGUACACAUCAAAGCACAGCACUCCUCAGGGAGGAGGAAAAGGACCACAGGGCAAGGCAGAAAGCUGCUGCCACGGUCACGUCUGUCCCUGCAAAGGACACUGCCAGCACUGCAGCCAGGGCAUUGAGUGCAGUGGGAUUGAAGCCAACAGUUCCACUUGCUACUGCUCCUCAAACCCACACCAGAGGCACCAAAAGUAAAAUAUUCAGAGUGGGAGCAAGGAGAGGGCAGAGGAGGAAGAGGCCUCCUAAAACAGCUGCCCCACAGCGAGGGGCUGCAGCCCACAGCACUGCAGAGAGCACAGCCAACCCUACAGAGAGCACAACCACACCUGCACUGAGCACAGCCACCCCUGCAGUGAGCACAGCCACCACUGCAGAGAGCACAGCCACCCCUGCACUGAGCACAGCCACCCCUACAGAGAGCACAGCCACCACUGCAGAGAGCACAGCCACCACUGCAGAGAGCACAACCACCCCUGCAGAGAGCACAGCCACCCCUACAGAGAGCACAGCCACCCCUGCAGUGACCACAGCCACCCCUGCAGUGACCACAGCCACCCCUACACUGAGCACAGCCACCCCUGCAGUGAGCACAGCCACCACUGCAGCCAGCACAGCCACCCCUGCAGAGAGCACAGCCACCCCUGCAGUGACCACAGCCACCCCUGCAGUGACCACAGCCACCCCUGCACUGAGCACAGCCACCCCUACAGAGAGCACAGCCACCACUGCAGCCAGCACAGCCACCACUGCAGAGAGCACAACCACCCCUACACUGAGCACAGCCACCCCUGCAGUGAGCACAGCCACCCCUACAGAGAGCACAGCCACCCCUGCAGCCAGCACAGCCACCCCUGCAGAGAGCACAGCCACCCCUGCAGAGAGCACAGCCACCACUGCAGUGAGCACAGCCACCACUGCAGUGACCACAGCCACCCCUGCAGUAAGCACAGCCACCACUGCAGUGACCACAGCCACCACUGCAGAGAGCACAACCACCCCUGCAGAGAGCACAGCCACCCCUGCAGUGACAGCUCUCAUGUCACCAGCUGUGCCCCCGAGCCCUGCACCCACAAAGCCUCUCCCUGGGAGCAUCAGUGCAGGCUCCAUGACCAGAGCAGCAGUGCUGGGGAUCCCUGACAGCCCUGAGACAGCUCAGCACAGGCCCAGGGCAGCCACACAGACAGCAGCAGCCCCAGGCACCUGCAGGAGCACCUGGUCAGCAGUGUCACUGACCGGCAGUGUGACUGCCCAGAGCCCCCCCAUGGCACCCCAGAGCACCCCAGGCACACAGAGGGACACCCAGCUGGCCACAUCCCCGGCUGCUGGCCCUGCCCAGAGCCCCCCCACGGCACCCCAGAGCACCCCAGGCACACAGAGGGACACCCACCCCCCCAUGGCACCCCAAACCUCCCCGGGUGCCACUGCUGCAGCCAGUGCCACAUCUCAGCACAUCAGAGCCACUGCCACGGCAGGAGAAACUCCCUCCCUGCAAAACGGGGAGGGGGCUGCCCAGGAGCAGCGGGGAGCAGAGCCCACAGCCCCAGCAGGAGCCGUGCCAGGGGCUCCUGCUGCAGCCACUGCUCCCAGCGCCCGGCACCCCUCCCCUCUGCCAGCCCCCACCACGGCCACCCCCAGAGCCCCAGAGCCCCCCCGGGGCGGUGGCCAGCGCCAGCCCCGGCCCGGGCCACCUCCCGAGGGCACAGGGACGGGGAGCAGCCCGCGGCCAGCACAGACUCCCUGGGCAAGGGACAGGGACAGGGACAGCUCUGCCCGCGCCUGGGCUGAAAGGCCACGACAUCGAGACACCACCACCAUCCCCAGCCCCACCACCUCGGGCUCUGCAAGCAGAAACCACUUCUCAAAGCCCAGAAUAGUCGGAGGGAAAUCGGCUGCUUACACUCUGCUGGCGAAUUCUGAUGCUUUCAUUCCUUGUGAAGCUACUGGGAACCCCCCUCCAACAAUACAGUGGACCAAGAUACCAUCAGGCCGCGGUGCCGCAGGUGCCAGCUGGGCAGUGCUGCCCAACGGGACUCUGGCCAUCGCCCGGGCGGGGCUGCAGGACGCGGGGCAGUACCUGUGCACGGCGGCCAACGCGCUGGGCGCGGCCCGGCUGCUGGUCACGCUGGCCGUGCUGGGCUCGGCCCCGCGCAUCGCCGGCGGCCAGCGGCGCCUGCUGACCGCGCACUCGGGGACCAGCGUGGCGCUGCCCUGCAGAGCCCAGGGCUGGCCCCCUCCCAGCAUCUCCUGGCUCCUGGCGAACGGCACCCGCCUGUCGCACCCCUCGGGCCCCGGCAGAGCCCGCGUGGGGCCGGACGGCACGCUGCUCAUCCGGGCGGUCACCGUGUACGACCGCGGCCUCUACACCUGCCUGGCCACCAGCCCCGCGGGCUCGGACACGCUGGCCCUGAGGCUGCAGGUGGUCGCGGCCCCUCCCAGCAUCCUGGAGGAGAAGAGACAGAGCGUGGUGGGAGCGCUGGGGGAGAGCCUGAGGCUGCCCUGCACGGCCCAGGGGAACCCCGAGCCCACGGUGCACUGGGUGCUGCCCGACGGCACAGCGCUGAAACCCCUGCAGCUGGAGCCCCUGCAAGUACAACCCCUGCAGCUGGAGCCCCUGCAAGUAAAACCCCUGCAGCUGGAGCCCCUGCAAGUACAACCCCUGCAGCUGGAGCCCCUGCAGGUGCCACACGCCCCGCGGCUGGUGCUGCCCAAUGGCACCCUGCACCUGGGCAGCCUGGCCCCCUCUGACAGCGGCACCUACGAGUGCAUCGCCACCAGCUCCACGGGCUCGGACAGGAGGGUGGUCAGCCUGGAGCUGCAGCGCACGGACACGCUGCCCAGAAUUGCCAGCGCCUCGCAGCAGCUGACCCGGCUGAGCUUCGGGGACAGGCUGCUUCUCAACUGCACAGCAAGUGGGGAGCCCAAGCCCAGGAUAAUCUGGAGACUGCCCUCCAAGGCUGUUGUGGACCAGUGGCACAGAAUGGGAAGUCGGAUCCACGUCUACCCCAAUGGAUCCUUGGCUAUCGAGGCAGUUACAGAAAAGGAUGCAGGUGAUUACCUGUGCGUGGCCAGAAACAGGAUUGGGGAUGAUCUGAUACUGAUGAAAGUCAGCAUUACAAUGAAACCAGCCAAGAUUGACCACAAGCAGCAGUUCAAGAAGCUGGUGCCCUACGGGAAGGAUUUCAGAGUGGACUGCAAGGCCUCGGGGUCGCCCACGCCGGAGAUCUCCUGGGGGCUGCCGGACGGGACAGUGGUGAACAACGCCAUGGUGGCCGAUGACAGCGGGCACAGGGCCCGCAGGUUCGUGCUCUUCGACAACGGCACUCUGCACCUCAACCGAGCUGGGGUGGCAGAGGGCGGAGAUUACACCUGCUACGCCCAAAACACGCUGGGGAGGGACGAGAUGAAGGUCCACGUCACGGUCGUUGUGGCAGCCCCUCGAAUAAAGCACAACGACAAGACGGAGGUGGCGGUGGCAGCUGGAGACACGGCCCUGCUGGACUGUGAGGCUGCCGCAGAGCCCAGGGCACAGAUAUUCUGGCUGCUGCCCUCCGGCGGGAUGAUCUCCUCGUCCACAGGCAGGCACUCCCUGCACGCCAAUGGCUCGCUGGCCGUCGGCCAGGCCGGCCUGCCGGACGCUGGGCAGUACCUGUGCCUGGCCAGGAACCCGGGCGGGGACGACACCAAGCUGUACAGGCUGCAGGUGGCUGCUAAACCCCCCACCAUAAACGGUGUGCACGGGAACAAAACCAUCAUGAGGGUGACGGCAGUGAGGCACUCCAAGAAGCACAUCGACUGCCGGGCAGAAGGGACUCCUCCUCCCCAGGUGACGUGGAUCAUGCCUGACAACAUUUUCCUACCAGCCCCGUAUUACGGGAGCAGGAUUGCGGUGCACGAGAACGGGACACUCGAGAUCCGCAACAUCAGGCCCUCGGACACAGCAGAUUUCAUCUGCGUGGCACGAAACGCUGGGGGGGAGACUGUGCUGGUGGUGCAGCUGGAGGUCACAGAAAUGCUACGGAGACCGAUAUUCAGAAACCCUUUCAACGAAAAGAUAAUAGCAAUACCCGGGAAAGCCAUCACACUGAACUGUUCCGUGGAUGGAAACCCUCCCCCUGACAUCAGCUGGAUGCUGCCCAACGGCACCUGGCUCUCCAGCAGCACCAGCACGCCCCAGUUUGUCACAGGGAGCGACGGGACCCUGCGCAUCGCCAGCGCCGGGAGCCGCCACGCCGGGCGCUACCGCUGCGCCGCCCGCAACCAGGUGGGCUACAUAGAGAAGCUGCUGCUGCUGGAGGUGGCCCAGAAGCCCAGCAUCGUGAGCUCCGCGGGGCUGGUGCGGGCGGCCAGCGGGGAGCCCCUGUCCCUGCCCUGCCGCGCCCAGGGCAGCCCCCGGCCCCGCGUGGCGUGGGCGCUGCCGGGGGGCCGCGUGCUGGAGCGGCCGCAGGCCAGCGGGAGGUUCGUGCUGCUGGACAACGGGACGCUGCUGCUCCGGGCAGCCUCUGCCCGGGACGCGGGCACCUACCUGUGCAGGGCCAGCAACGCCGCCGGGCACUCCUCGGUCAGCAUCGCCGUGCAGGUCACAGCCCACGCCCCGCGCAUCGUGGGCAGAGCCCCCCCGGCCCUGCGCGCCCUUCCCGGGGCCGCGGUGCAGCUGCCCUGCGUGGCGCUGGGCAUCCCCAAACCCGACAUCACCUGGCAGCUGCCCGACGGCUCCGUGCUCUCCGCAGCCCGCCCGGGCCGCGGCCCCGGGGCUCAGCUGCAGCCCACGGGCACGCUGCUGCUGCAGAGCCCCCGCCCCGGGCUGUACGGGUGCACAGCCACGAACAGCCUGGGCACCGACACGGCCCGCAGCCGGCUGCACGUCCCCUGAGGGGGGCUGCACGUCCCCUGAGGGGGGCUGCGGGAGCGCGGCCCGGGGGCCAGCCCUGCGGCUUUGGGCGAACUGCAAACCGGGCUCAGCCCUGCGGC